CAUGUUCCACGAGCCUCAUGACAAACUCACCUCGUUGUGAUACUCAUUCAUCCUCUGGAUUUUUUUUUCGAGACCGGAGAAAUCACUCGCAGAGUCGUUCGAACCGUGUGGCAGUGCAGGAAACGCGAUAAACGUUUCGGGAAAUUUGAAUUGCGAUUAAAGUGCUUUGAGCUGGGAGGAAACCUUGGUACGGGACUCGGGAUUCGAGGCCAAAGUCUUCGAGGAAAACAUGGAUCGGAACCACCCGAAAAUCUUCGGAUCUCUCGAAUGUCGGGCCGCUUCUUUCGCUGAAUUUCCUCAUUUUCGAGCUCUUGUCAUCCAGCGCUUGUAAUAUCGUUACCGAGACCGAACGCCAAGGAUUUCGGAGGCUUUCAAUUGGAGAAUAAAAGUUUUAAGGAAGUUAUCUAAAGCCGAAGAUGUUGUAGAAUUUUUCAAAUAUUCAAUCACCACGUGCCAACUACCAAUUGCGUUAUGAAUUUGAUCAAUCGAAAGUAUGCUUUUUAUCGAGGGAUUUGAGAAGAAAAAUAUCGAUACUGCGACGUAGGAUAGAAAAGAUCCUCUCGUGGAUCUCGCCGUUGACGAAAUGUCUUCCAAGAGCCUCCAAAAUGAACACGUUAAGAGACCCAUGAACGCUUUUAUGGUGUGGUCCAGAGGACAGAGACGAAAAAUGGCACAGGAAAAUCCGAAAAUGCACAAUUCGGAAAUAUCCAAGAGACUCGGAGCUGAAUGGAAACUACUGAGCGAGAGCGAGAAACGACCGUUCAUCGACGAGGCCAAGAGAUUGAGAACGUUGCACAUGAAAGAGCAUCCAGAUUACAAAUACCGUCCAAGAAGAAAGCCAAAGUCCCUGGUGAAGAAAGAGAACAAAUUUGGUUUUUCCAUAUCCCCAUUGAUGUCAACGGGCGACACGUUGAACAACAUAUCGAGAGGUUUGCUGCCACCGUUGACAGCGCCGAGUCACCACUCACUACUGGGCCACGAGGAUCUUAAGAUUCCUCGAUUUUUCCCGCCCUUUCCGUACCCGCUGUACCCGAUCCAGCACAAGCUGGGGGAAGACUUCAACGGUGGUAAGCUCGCGGCGGAUCUGGCCUUCCAGGCUAUUUACGGGAGUGGAAAUUUUUAUUCGAGUCAUCAGGCAGUGGGGAGCGGAUGGCCGGGUCUCUCGGCGCCGUCGUGCGUCCAACCGAACUGUGGAUGUCCCUCGAGUUCCCCGAAGGAUCCUAAGCGAUCAUCGGCGUACUUGGUGCCGAGCAAACCGGAUGAGCGUUCUUUCGGGACCCCCGUUAAGCCCGAGGACGACCGUUACCACAGCGAAGCCGCGCGAGAGGCGGCGAGGGCUGACUUUCGAUAUCGCAAACUCGAGGACGGAGCCGCGUACCCACCGGCUGUGGAGAAGCAACCGGAAGAGGCGAAGCUGGAGGAGCAUUACGCCUCUUCGUCGCCUGCGCCCGCCGAGAGGAACGAAAAGUUUAUUCCUGCACCCGUCAAACCGGAAAGCACAUUCUCCGUUCAGAGUCUGACCGCGAGUCCACCGAUGACGAACCGCAACCACGUCAUAUGAAGGCCGCUUCCGGUUCUUCCGGAUCUCAACUUCCGGGGGAACCUCAUCUCCAGCUGGACCCCACCGGACUGGUGGAGGGUCCCGUCGAUCCUGUCGCCCAUCCCGCAAGCAACUGUCACAGCUUCCAACUUGAAAACCACCACCAGAACCUACAACGUUGACGACGAGAGCGAUCAAGAACAAAACUCCGUUCCGUCACGUUCCUCGCGAAUCUCCUCCGUCGCAAGUGCUCAGUGAAACUCUACUGCUCUAGGAACUCGUGGCUGCUCUCCAGCCCGGAACACUAACGACUCGAGCGACGCGCCGGACGAUGGCUCGCGUGAAUAUUCGCGGUGAUCCGUUUCUCCGAGUGUAUAAUCAAAUUGCACUAUCGAGAGGGUCCAGGACGCGGCCAGAGAGUGCGUCGAGCGUGCAUCGUCAAUUGUAAAAAAACAGGACAAUUCAUUCAGCUUAGUCAGUGCUUCUAAUUAACCAUUUUUCACGUUCUUCGUAUACUCUCCGACUAAAAUGCCGGAUGCGAUUGUAUUGAAAAUUAAGCUUAAAAAACAAUACUCCGCGACGACUAUUAGAUGAACACAAGAUCCACGUAUGUUUAAGGCACUUUUGAAGUAGUUUCAGAGCGAAUGUUCCUACACACUCGAUGUCGAUCAGUUGCCUUGUAAAUUCAUCAUAUGCCCCUAGACAUCUUUUCACAAUGAGAAAUUUUUCCUCGAACCUCGACCGUUGACGGAUCGACUGAGCCGAAAUAAAUCUUUUGUUACUUCCCCACUUCCAUUUACGACUAAAACGAAAUGAAAAUAUUCUACAAACUCCGAGCAGCGUGACUUCGAAUUUCGCACACCUUAACGAAGAUCCGAAAUUCUUAUUUUUCGAGUCUCUUACGUCCAGUCAAAUGAUCGGAACCAAGUCAACGCGAAUAGCCCAGGAACACCAUCCGAAGACAGUUUCCCUGAGACGAAUUCUUCAAGGGUCUUAGAAAAGGCUGUCGCGAUGAAGAAAAUCGUAGGAAAAUGAAAUUCAGGUAGCACUAGCGUUCAAAUCGUUGGCCAAAAUGGUGGAGCGGACGUAUACGAAUGACUCAAUAAGUCGUUCGGCAAAAAAGCUUGUCCAUCGAAAUCGAAUCGAUACUAUGCUAUGGCUAAAUCCUACAAAGAGAUCCUCCAUGUUCUGUAGUACGUUUUAUUUAUAUCAAGCCAUAUAUAUAGGUGUACAUAUAGUAGGAGAACUUACACGAAGGACCCAAGUCCAAUUUUGAUGAGAUAACCAACCCUCUCACCACAUAUUACAUAUACGGGAACGUGCGGCUCGGCUAUCCCCGUGGUAAAAAAAAAAUUCUCUACCAACUGAGGCAAAUCUCUUCUUUGGGAUUCGGCGAUGUGAAAUAAGCCAAGCUUUCUGAAUACUAACGUGGCUACGAGCGAACGAGGGCUCAUCAUUCCAUACGUUUCCGUUGCAUCUCUCGCUUCAUAAUACCAGGCGGGAAUACUAUCAUCCGCCAUUACACGUACAGGAUCGUUGAGUUACGUCUCAAUUAUUCCUCCAUACAAUUUCUUUUUUUCUUUCUUUCUUUCUUUAUUUUCCUGCCACUAUUAUUUAUUUUAUAAAGUAGCGAUCCACCACGAAG